GUUUUCUGAACUCAAUUGACCACCAUGCGUUUCUUCACCCUCGCAGCCCUGGCUGCUGCGGCUACGUCUGCCAUUGCCGCCGAUGUUCAGGUCGAUGUUACCCGUGAGGUCGAGUGUGAACGAAAGUCCCAGAAGGGUGAUAAGAUCUCUGUACACUACAGAGGUACUCUGCAAUCCGACGGCUCCGAAUUCGACGCAAGCUACAAGCGUGGCAAUCCUUUGGAUUUCGUUGUUGGCAGAGGCUCCGUUAUCAAAGGAUGGGACGACAACCUGAUCGACAUGUGCAUUGGCGAGAAGAGAACAUUGACCAUCCCUCCCGAGCAUGGCUAUGGUGACCGAGCCAUGGGUCCUAUCCCAGCCGGUAGCACAUUAAUCUUCGAGACCGAGUUAAUGGGCAUUGCUGGAGUUCCCAAGCCGGAGAGCAUUAUUGAGAAGACCGCAAGUAGUGCUGCUAGUGAAGCUAGCUCUGUGGCCAGUGAGGCUACUGAAGGUGUGAAGGAUACUAUUACUAGCAAACUUGCAGACGCAGCUGAAGCUGUCAAAGUUGUUUUGGCUGACAGUGAUGGUGACGGACAGGAGCACAACGAGUUGUAGACAACAAAAACGAAUUGUGAAUGGAUGCCAUAUUGCAGCUACCUGGGCAACACAUUGCUUGAUGAGAGAGGUCGCAGAUACACCAGGUUUAAGUGAAAGGUCUGGGAACUAAAACUACCGGAUGGGGAUAGAGAAUACAUAAAUAAGCGUGGUCUAUUUGGUGGCCCUCGGCAUCCUUGACUUCAGAACUCUUUUGAAGUAUCCAUUCCAUCUGUUUAGUGCAAGGCCACCAUACAGCAGCACAUACAGUACGAUACCUCUACGCAAUUUCUGCGUGAUUUGUACCUCAUGUUUAUCUGGUAUUUUUUCCUUCAUAUUAUCCAGUAUCU